AGCUCCGCAGAAAGGAAGAGAGGGCUGGGCAUGGAAGGCCUGGCCAUGCUUAGGCAGCUAAUCGCUCAGCUUCAGGAGCUCUUGGAAUUCUACGAUUCUCAUCCUCCGCCGCCGCCGCCACCCCCGCCGCCGUCGCCGCCGCUUCAUCCUCUUCCUCAACUGCCUCUCACCCUAGCUCCUUCUCGCCAAAGAUGGUGCUUCAAAGAUAUUGAUGACAACUCUGCAGAUGAUUAUUAUGGCCUUGUAAUGGCAGCUGGUAGAUCAGGGAAUUGUAAGAUGACAGAAUCUUGCAUACUUCCACCUGUAAAGAAAUCAAGAAAGGAGCGGAACCGAGGAAAACUGUCUGGAUCAGCAGCAACAACUGAGGUGAUGGAAGAAGAAAUUUGGAAAGAUUUCCCAGAAGACCUUUUCGAAGCUGUCAUUGCUAGACUUCCCAUUGCUACAUUCUUUCGCUUUCGUGCUGUUUGUCAAAAAUGGAACUCGCUGCUAAACUCUGAAAGUUUCUCUCUUUACUGUGCCCAAGUCCCACAAAUCACCCCCUGGUUUUAUACCAUUACACACGACAUGGUUAGUUCAGGAGCCAUAUAUGACCCUUCUUCGAAAAAAUGGCACCAUCCAUCCAUUUCAUCUCAGCCUAUAAAGCUACUUGUCCUGCCAGUUGCAUCUGCUGGAGGCCUUGUGUGCUUGCUCGAUUUCAGCCAUAGGAACUUCUAUGUAUGCAAUCCUCUAACUCAAUCUUUUAAAGAGUUGCCAGCUAGAUCAGUUGAGGUGUGGUCUCGUGUUGCGGUAGGGAUGACUCUAAACGGGAGUUCGACCAGCGGGGGCUAUAAGAUCUUAUGCCUCGGCUGUGAUGGAGAGUACGAGAUUUAUGACUCCAUAAAAAACUCUUGGAUUCACCCUGGGAGCAUUCCUUCUAAUAUUAAGCUUCCGUUGUCCCUGAACUUCCGCUCACAAGCUGUCUCCAUUGACAGCACACUUUACUUCAUGCGUUCAGACCCUGAAGGGAUUGUGUCCUACAACAUGGUCACUGGGGUUUGGAAGCAGUUUAUAGUUCCCGCACCGCUACAUCUGACAGACCAUACACUUGCAGAGUACGGGGGCCGGAUCAUGCUCGUGGGGUUGUUGACGAAAAACGCUGCCACGUGCGUGUGCAUAUGGGAGCUGCAGAAGAUGAUGCUCUUAUGGAAGGAGGUUGACAGAAUGCCAAACAUAUGGUGCUUGGAGUUUUAUGGAAAGCACGUUAGAAUGAAUUGCUUGGGAAACAAGGGGUUGCUCAUGCUGUCCUUGAGAUCGAGACAAACGAACAGAUUGGUUACGUACAACGUGGCGAGCAAGGAAUGGUCGAAAGUUCCCGGGUUGCCUCGUGGGAGGAAGCGCCAAUGGAUAACAUCCGGGACUGCAUUUUACCCUUGCCCGACUGCUGUGGCUUGACUUAGCUUAGCUUCUCGUCGGCUCCGCAGCCACGUCUCAUUUGAAAAGCUGCUCGUUAACAUGUAAGCUUUAUUUCUUCUUUCCACGCAAGGCUUUUUUGCUGCUGAUUUUCUUCAUCUUGUAGUUUUGUUUUUGAUGAUCAGUUAGAAUGGUAGUUUGAGUUUAUUUUUCUCAACAAUCAGACUCUUGUGAUUCUCUGGUGUACAAACCUGUGUACAAAAUAACUUUAAAAUGUCAAAAGACAAGUUUAAGAAUUUCCAUUUCUCUGGGCUGGGAAUUGUAUAAUAUCUUUGCUUCCAAAAAA